UUCAGACGCAGUGGCAAUUAUCGAUUCUUUGCUACCGUGGUUUUUCGUUCGGGCUAGCCGCUACUGCCUAAUUUUCUCCACGUUUAGGACGUCGAUUUGUUGAUGCUAUGCAAUCGCAUAUGUUGGUAUCCCAAAUCGAUCAGAGCUGAAUCAAUAUCCCCCAAACCCCGGUCCAAUCACAUGGGGAUAGUGGCCCUCCUGCAGCAGCGGCAGUGUUCACACCGCAAAGCCUGAUACUACAUAGUUACUAAUCCGUUUAAACUUGGAGCAUCUCCAGUGGGCGCAUCACCAGUUUAGUCAACGAAUCGACUAGAUAGCAGCCCAAGAGCCGCCUAGGUAACAUAUCUCAUCGACACCCUAAUGUGACAGCAUAUUGCUAUAAGGAUUAGCCUAGGCCGCCUGCCCCCAAAAUGGAGGCCCUAACCUCGGUCGCCGAAUUUCCCCCACUUGUACACUUCUACAAUCGAAAACACAAGAGCAGAAUCAAUACGGUGAAAUGCGGUCUUCCGAAGAUUUGCAGUCGCCCCAACGCGGUGCCGACCCUCAUCAGUCGAACAAGGAAGCACUUCCAAACGAGCAUGAAGAGAAUUCAAGACACGACGGCUUCGAUGAGCGGGGCCGGGACCGGGACACGGACUCAAACAACAGAAACUCGGCUAAUGAGAGCCUCCUCGCGCCCCCAGCAGGCGACUCAACACCAGAGACGAAAAUGAAUACCGCUGAGAAGCAAGCCAAGCUCAACUAUUCAAAGCGGAAAUUCAAAUUCUGGAUGUGGGAGAUCGGCGCGUGCUUUCUCAGCUUCGCUAGCAUCCAGUGUAUAAUCGCAGUACUAUCUAUCGAAAACAACAAAUCCCUCGAACAGUGGCCGUGGAGCAUCGGCCCUACUGCUACAGUAGCAUUUAUCGCGACAAUCGCUAAGUCUUCCAUGAUUUUAGCUAUCACCGAGGUUAUUGGACAGUUGAAAUGGCAGCAUUUUCAUGGGAGAGCAAACCCCCUGAUUGACCUCGAGGUCUUCGAUGCAGCGUCGAGAGGGCCAUUAGGAGCACUCGAGUUAGUACGACAGAAACAUAUUCGGUCUGCUCUUGCUUCCCUUGCCUCAGUUGUUGUUAUCGCAGCACUUUUAAUUGACCCAUUCAUGCAAUUGGUUUUCUCAUUUCCUAGCCUUUCGCGACCAGAACCAGGCGUACACGGAUUCUUCAACCACACGUAUAUUUAUGAUACCACAAAUCUUCUUCUAACUUCGCUUGAUGCACAGAUGAAAUCUGCGAUCCUAAAAGCAGCCUCCGAGCAGCCGCCGCCGCCUGCGGCGGCUUGCCCAACUGGCAACUGCACAUGGCCUCCUAUCACUACACUCGGUACUUGUGCUCGCUGCACCAAUGUUACCCAACAAAUAAAAACAAACUGCUCCUCAAUCGAUGAUGAUGAAUACCAAUGCGACUACAGAAUGCCCUCUGGUCAAGUUCUUUCCGGCUACGUAUACACCGAUGUUCCCGACAUAAACUAUUCCAAUCCCACAAUGUGGAACGCUAGUGUUGAUACAUCUUCCCCCGAUAAAUAUUCUCUUGGUCCCCCCGGGGAAGUUACCGAGGGCCCUGUCACGUCUAGGACUUACCAUAUAGCGUUAGUAAAUUUUGAUGCUGUUCAACUAAAACCGAAGGCAGCAAACGCCUCCGACACGGCUUUGACGCUCCAUGACCCAAUUGGGUGGAGAUGCAUGAUCGCCAUAUGUGCAAAGACAUUUGAGAAAGUGGACAUGACAAAUGGAGAAAUGAAGGCCUCUAACCCAACGGAGGACUUAUUGGUAUACACGGGCAAUUUCCAAAACAGAAGCACAAAUAUAGCCAACAAGACGUAUACUAACCAGAUAUACAACUUGAAAGGGAACUCAACUCCCGAUUUGGCAGGCAUGUAUUGGAUUAAUUUUGUAGAUUAUCAGAAUCUGAUAAGCUACCUUGAUGGGAUAUUUACCUCUGGGUGGAGAGACGGCGACGUCGCCAUGCCCAAUACGCAAACGGACGCCCCAAACCUAGGAUUCAUCUUUGCCAAAGCCGAUGAUAUUGGACAGACAACCCGGAAUAUCGCCGAUGCUAUAACAGAAGUUCUUCGAUACGGCCGUAAUAGCACUUCAGCAUCAGGAAAAGUAUUCCACACCAAAGUCUACAUUCAGGUUCGGUGGGGCUGGAUAGCACUUCCGUUUACCCUGGCUGUACUGAGUCUUAUAUUAGUCGUAUGGAUGGUCAUACAGACUAACAGGAGCGACUUGCCAGUCUGGAAGUGCUCUAGCCUACCUUUGCUUUUUCACAACCUAGAUGGUUGGGCUCCUGAAGGCGAAGCUCUGCGAGGCAAUGCCGAACUGGAGAAGGAGGUAAAAGGCAUAUCCGUCGCGUUGUCAAAGGAUCCGAAAGACCUUACAUUUAAGAGGGAUUGAAUAGUUAUGAGUGUUAUACAGUGGUAAACCAGAUGUCACUGCAAGUUUGACUGUUGGUUUGAGUGGCAAAGCAGUAUAUACGAAAGCAGAGGCGAUCAUUAGUUCAUUUUAAAUACGGCACCGUUAGACUAGAUCCUAUAAAUACGCCGACACGACCAUUACUUCUAGGUUAGAUCGAUACUAGGAAGUUUAAUAUUCGACUAACAUGACAGCUGUAAAGGAACUUUGGAAUAGGGGCUAGGACCUCACGCUAAAACGCUUAUGUGGAUAGUUCGUUCUACUAACCCAUUUCUAGAUUGUUGAAGAAACGAGUGAUCAAAUCAGAUAAUAACAUGGGAAUAGUCUUAGUAAGAGGCGUAAACGUGCUAUUGGUUCAAGACCCCAGGCAGCCACGACAAUCGAGACAAUAAUGU